GGUACUGCUGAAUGUCGCUGCGAUCAGUUGAUGUACGAAAGGCGCAUUAGCUGUACAACCACAAUGUCGGACCGCUCCGAUCUCAGAGUCAAAUCCGUGGUAUACCAUAGAUCUCUCACAACGAAAAUCGGAGGCUGACUCUCGAAGGGUCAUUCUAGUCAGUCUAACGAACUAAGAAGUUCCAUGGACUCCGACGGACCUAACCCUAUUCAUGAAGCGAUAGUCAAUGUAUCUGUAGCUAGACAAGUGGAACGGAAGAGCGACGUCGCAUCAAAUAACCCAAUCCCAGUUUCAUCAACUCCAUGCGCAUUAUGUGCAGCCAAACGAGGGAUCAUCAAAAAAGUGCGCUUUCCUGAAGAACUUGGUCCUAUAAGAGAAGCGGAUCUGCAAGAGCCGACAGCGCGUGUGCCACGACCGCUCGUGCCUCAUAUGGCAUACGACAUAUAUGAUGAAAGCAAACAUCAAUCUAAUAAUCUUCAGUUAGAUUCUUCUCUUUCAUCAUUGCCCGCACCCCCUCCACCACCACCUCCACCUCCGCCACCUCCGCCACCUCCGCCACCUCCGCCACCUCCGCCACCUCCGAGGCGAGCUCCACGGCCUCCCACCUUGUUCAACAAAAGUAUCGAAGCGGAUGAGUACCUUAAUGCAGCUGCCUCACGGCUCUACACAGACUUUAUCGAUGAGUUAUCUGACUUUGUUGCACAACAAGGAGAUGUCAUUGCGAUGCGUCUUGCGGUUCAAGAAAGACGAAAAGAACUCAAUAGAUUACGAGAGCAUGUUUCACAAUGUGAUAUGCUACUCUUCGACUGUUUACGCAAGCAGAUGAGCAAUGAUGCUACGGCCGAUGAGCGCGCUGUACUUGUCCUCUUCGAGGCAGCACAAGCGGCAAGAGAUCAUGUUGGACCUGUUGAGUCAGAUUACGAGCCACUCGAGAUAUUACUCGGUGCAGAGGAACACAAGCUCGUAGAACAGUAUUCAAAGAUUGAAGAGCGCUUCGAUAGGUUUUUUAGGCUCGAUGUAGCCUCGAUCACCAAAGUAGAGGAGCAAGAACCACCCGAGAUCGAAUACGAGUCGUCUUCUGUAGCUUCUGUUCCUGAGGAUAAUGCUCGUCUCUAUGGCACUGACCGACUCCACGGCACCUUGAUCGAUGAGAAUGUUGGCAUCGGCGAACUGCCCAGACACACGGAGGAGUCUAAAGGCAUGUUGAGCCCUCAUAAUUCCCAGAAGUCUCCGGCUUCCCAUAACAGAACCGCGUCGUUGGAGUCAGUCGAUCGUGCAAAGUCUCGUAGUGCCAGUUUUCCAGAUAAAGGUGUUAAGCCUAGUGACUGGACUGGAGCACUUAGCUUGAUUGGGAUCUGGGCUAUUGGUGCAACAGAUGCUGUUGGCAUGAAGACAAUAUUUGAAGAUUGGUCUGCUGAUACCGUUCCGUUUGCCCAAAGUAUCCAACUCGAAACAUCCGAUACUAUAUCGGAUCUGGUAGAUGACCUUCCAGUCAACCCGGGUCUGGAGGAAGGGAACCCUUUGUUACUACUUGACGAGGGUGAGGAAACUCGAGCUAUCCUCGGCGACUAUCUUAUGAACUUCGAAAGCACUCCCGAUCGAGUGAACCGUUGGAUGCUUCACCAACUUCGUGUUUCACCUCACGAAAUCUACACCCUACGAAGAUAUGUCACCAAGGUCGAAGAGCUGUCCGUAACGCGGCACUGGGCGACAUCGGUACUCGAGGAAUGGCCGCAUGAUAGUCUUGGCCACAACCACUCAUACUAUCAAGGCUCAAUCGAGUUUGAAGAGAACAAGGACAACCCUCAGCGUGUCAGGUAUCAUGGCGCGUGUCCUCCAGGGUGUGCAUAUGAUCACUCGUGGUGGGCGCCUCAGUCUUCCACAUUCUCUACUCCGGACAUACUACCAAAGCCGUCAUCUCAACUUCGAGAGACAUUUUACAAGCCAAAACCCCACGAAUUAUUGACGGCGCUAUAUGACGAUCACGAUUGAACACCGUUGAACGUCGACCGAGGCCCAGCCUGCAGCGUCAUGAUUCACGAUAGAUUGAUCUCGCAACUGUCGAAGGAACUGAAGUUCAGCGAUGAUUUGAGAGUUUCAGGAUAUGUAUGGACCUGCAUUUGCUCAUAACGAUGUGCUGGAUAACCUCGCCCCAUACUACUGAUAGUGUGUCAGACGCAUUUGUUGAUGUCAAAUAGCUUCCCAUCACUGAAUCCAUAUCAUUGGAUUAAAUCCGUGAUACUCCUGCUAAGGAAGCGUGAGUCUUCCUAUAUAUCGCUUCAGUCACAACAGAAUGCUUGUAGACGAUAUCAAGCGCAUCAAUGCGCGUUACCUUAGCGAUAUGCAUGUAUCCUGCAAGCCUCCUGCAAGUACAUCUAUCCAUGAGUC